AUGAAUAGGAGCAUCGUGUCAAACUUGCAACUGAUCUUCAUACUUUGUCUUUGCGCCUCACCGCUUUGCACAACUCUUCCUGGAGAAUGGCGCCAACUUUACACGCAAACCAGUAAUCGGCAACCUGAAAUUGUCAUUGUCAACAAGCCUUUGGCGUUGUCACAGCAACCAGCACCACUGGUGACGCCAUACGAUGUAUUUCAGCUGCAAACGAUAUACCAUCAUGCAUCCCCAUCAGGCCCUAUUCCAGGUCUCUUCCGAAAACUUGAGCUAUCCAAUCAAGGUGACAUGCUACGCAACGAUCCAUUCAUGUCACAGGGUUACCAUGUCAACGUGCAGAGAGGAGCUAUCUAUCGCCCUGUUUCAUUGGAGUAUCUUUACGACAUGUAUCGAUAUCAGCAGCAUCAUGAUGAUCGAGCGAUUUUGACAUGGACGUCUAUGAUGGAUCAUGGGAUAACCUUUGACUACUAUUUGACACAAGGCAUGUUACCAGAUGUAUCCCACAAAUCAUCCGUUCUCGCGCUUGCUAUGAUGGCAAGGAACGCGUAUCAUGACAAGAUCGAUGAUCGAGGAGAUUGGUAUGAUCUUGGUGCACCUUGGAACUUGAACGAAUCGUUUGGUUGGGAAUCGGAUGGCAUUCGAGGGCAUGUCUUUGGCAAUAGAGACAAAUCCAUUUUCAUUAUCAGCAUCAAAGGCAGCAGCUCUGGUAAAACUCGACACAACGAUAGCAUCAAUGAAAAGUUAUUGUUUUCAUGUUGUUGUGGAAACGAGGACCAUAACGAGCAACAACCUACAUGCGACUGCAAGAUGAAUGAGAAUGCAUGCGAUAACCGCUGUCUCGAGAACCACAUCAAGGGUAGCGAGUUCUAUUAUGACAUGGCCAUGCGCAUCUACAAGGAUAUCAGCGAUAGACACCCACAAUCUACGAUUUGGUUGACUGGGUAUUCUCUUGGUGGUGCCGUUGCUAGUAUUGUUGGGCAAACAUUCCUCGUCCCUAUUGUAUCCUUUGGAAUCCCUGGUGAUCAAUUUGCUGCAAGAAAAUUGCAUUUGCCUCAUGCCCCUGGAUUACCAUUACCUGUUUGGCACUUUGGUCAUACGGCAGAUCCUAUCUUUGCUGGCAAAUGUUCGAAUGUGGAUGGUGGCUGUGGGGAUUAUAUUGCAGAGACACAAUGUCAUACAGGAAAAGUAUGUGAAUGGGACACUGUGAAAGACAAAGGAUGGGAUGCCAGCUUGCAACAUCAUCAAAUCGAGGACAUGAUUGAAUACCUUUUGAAGGAUGAGGAAUCUUCCCUGCCUGAGUGCAAGCCUGAAAACAAUGAAUGCAAUGAUUGUGGACAAUGGCAAUACUUUGACUCUCGAGAUCAACCUGCACCACAUCAUUCUUCCACUCCAACACCUUCACCAACGCAUACAACAAGCACACCGGCAAAUCCAGGGCCUACCAUCUGCUCUUGGUGGUGA